AAAGUUAGGAGCAUCAAACGUGAAAAUAAUACAACUUCUGGGUUCAGGUCAAAAGGUCCGAGUUUCGCCAACUUCUCGCCCCUUACCGCCUCGCUUUGCCCUUCCUCAUUACUCUUUGGUGGAAUCAGGUGAAUUGAAGGCAUGGGUCGGUCGCGGACAGUCUCUCGUUCCACUGAAGAUGAUCUCAAUCAAAGUAGAUCCAAAAGGAAAAGGACCGCGUAUGGUGGCGUCGAGAAUCUAGAGCUUCCACCUUCAGGUGUUGGACAAGUAGCGAAUGAAGCGAAAGGGCCAGCAUUAUAUCACUGUAAUUAUUGCAACAAGGAUAUUUCUGGAAUGGUUCGGAUUAAAUGUGCAGUUUGUCCAGAUUUUGACCUUUGUGUGGAGUGCUUUUCUGUUGGAGCUGAGGUUACUCCUCACAAGGGCAAUCAUCCAUACAGGGUUAUGGACAAUUUGUCUUUCCCUCUGAUUUGUCCUGACUGGAAUGCAGAUGAGGAGAUAUUACUUCUUGAGGGAAUUGAAAUGUAUGGAUUUGGGAAUUGGACUGAAGUUGCAGAACAUGUUGGAACCAAGAGCAAAUCGCAAUGUAUUGAUCACUAUAAUGCUAUAUACAUGAACUCUCCAUGCUUUCCUCUCCCGGACUUAUCUCAUGUUAUGGGAAAGAGCAGAGAGGAACUCGUUGCUAUGGCCAAAGGGAAUGGUCAAGUCAGAAAAGAGUUCACUGCACAUGGUGAGCAUACCCUGAAAGAAGAGUCUUCCGUUGCUGCAAAAGUCAAAUAUGACGCACCCAGAAAGGACGAUCCAGCUUAUCAAUCAUCAUCUAGCUUAACUGGAGAGGCUCAUAUAGAUUCAAGCAGUGGUAACUCAUUUCAAGGUUCUGGUAAAAAGACCAACUUGGCCCAGAGUAAAGAUGGUAUUAAACUAGAAGAACCUCAAGCUGACAGGAGCAUUGGUGAGAAAAAACUUAGGGUUUCCACUGACGAGGAACCUUCUAUGACAGAGCUCAGUGGCUAUAAUUUCAAGAGGCAGGAGUUUGAGAUUGAAUAUGAUAAUGAUGCAGAGCAGUUAUUGGCAGAUAUGGAAUUUAAGGAUACAGACACCAAGCCUGAGCAUGAAUUGAAGUUGCGUGUACUACAUAUCUACUCAACAAGGCUUGAUGAGAGGAAGCGUAGGAAGGACUUUAUAUUGGAACGAAAUUUACUUUACCCUGACCCUUUUGAGAGAAACCUCUCACCUGAGGAGAAGGAAAUAUAUCAGCGUUACAAGGUCUUUAUGCGCUUCCACUCAAAAGAAGAGCAUGAAGAGUUGCUUAAGAGUGUCAUAGAGGAACAUCGGAUUGUCAAAAGAAUACAAGACCUUCAGGAAGCUCGAGCUGCUGGUUGCCGAACUGCUGCUGAAGCUAAUAAAUUUAUUGAACAAAAGAGGAAAAAGGAAGCUGAAGAAAAUGCCCAGAGACUGAGGGAAAGUGUCCAGGCUGGUCCUAGUGGUAAGGUGUUAUUGCACGGAAGCCCACAGGGUGUCAUGAGGGGGUCCACUAGUUUACAGACUAUCAGUAAAGAAUCUUCAACUGUCAUAGGAGGAGCUACCACCCUGGAUGAUUGGGAUAUAACUGGAUUCAUAGGGGCUGAUUUAUUGUCUGAUACUGAGAAAAAGCUUUGCAGCGAGAUCAGAAUACUGCCUUCACAUUAUCUCUCCAUGUUGCAAACCUUAUCAGUGGAGAUUAUGAAGGGCAAUAUUGGCAAGAAGUCUGAUGCUCACAACCUGUUCAAAGUUGAGCCAAGCAAGGUGGAUAGGGUCUAUGACAUGUUGGUGAAAAAGGGGAUUGCUCAAGCAUGAAGAAAAUUCAGCAUCUCCAAUUUUGUAGAUCCACAUUGUACAGUUAUGAUUGGGACAGGUGAAAAAGACAGCUCAUAUUGUUCAUUCAAAGUACAUUUUAUCAUAAGCAACCACAUUUAUAGGAAGAGUUGGGCACUUAGUUGGAGUAUAGUACCAGAUUCUUUUGUUUUUUCUUCGUUUUUGGUCCCUUCCACUUGAGCAUACGUUAAGUACACAGGUCAACAUUUUCUCAUUAAGCAAUCAUUGAUCCAUAGCUCUUAUUUUUCUCA